AUGCGGCUGUGCGUUGGGCGCGGAGGUGUGCCAGAUGGCGGCGGGGGCAGGGCGGGGGUUCCAGGUGUUGGAGUUGUUGGAGGAGGAGUGGUUGGCGUGGUGGUAGGCGGGGGCGAGGCGGAGGGGCUGGCGGGCGACGUGCUGCCGGCGCUGGAGUGCCCCGAGUGCGGCAAGCUGUUCUACGGGCGCAACCGGCGGCAGCUGGUGGAGCGCCACCGCAUCAUCCACACGGGCGAGAAGCCGUUCCAGUGCCCGCUCUGCUUCAAGCGCAUGAACGUCAAGCACCACCUGACGCGCCACCUGCGCACCGUGCACCUCAGCCAGUGGGAGCACCUCAAGAGCCUCAACCUGGUCUAGGCGGCGGGCGGGGAGGAGAUCGCCCACGCUGACGCUCCUGGCCCUGCAGCAGCGGGCGGCCGGCGGGGGCAACGGCGGCGGCGGCGGCGGUGGCGCCCUCAGCAGCGGCAGCAACAGCU